CAGAACAUCCCUCCGGUUCCGGUUCGGUACAUCAGCUCAUGUGUGCAGAACCAGGAUCCGGUUCUGAUCCACUUCACUAAGAGCUGGUUGGUUCUGAAGGGGGAUCAGGUGUGUGUUUGGGCCGGAACCAAUGAUGCUGUGUAGGUCAUACCGGUUCUGAUGAGGUUCGGUUUGUGUGUGAAUGGUUCCGGCAGCGCCAGACUAAAGUUAUGUAAUGUUGGUUCGGAUGGACCGGUCCAUUUCUGGGGGGUUGGUGGGGGGUUGUCUCGGUUCGGAGUGAGUGUUCUGGUUUGGACCAGUGGACCUGCUGAAGUGUCUGAAGCGGUUCUGUCGCCCCACCCGUACUCAGCGUGACGUCACGCCUCCCUUCCCCCCUCCGCUCGGCAGCAGAUGGUUCGGUCCAGACGCGUCACCCAUUGUUUACAAAUCAAACGGCUUGUUUGUGUGUACUGAGCGGAGUGGAGCGGCCCGGUUCGGUUCGGUUCGGUCCGCAGAGAGAUGCCGAGUCUGAAGGAGAACCUGCUGGCGCUGCAGCAGGCCGUGGGCCCCGCGGACGUGGACGCGCUGGUCACGCAGAUCGGAGAGGCGCUGCAGCUCCACGGGGCGCCGGGGGGGAACCCGCGGACCGGGCCCGGGUCCUGCGGGGCCGCGGUGGGCCCGAACCUCCAGCAGAACCCCCGAGGCUGCUGCCUGAAGAUCCGGAACCAGCACGGGACCCACCGGACCCGAAGCCCGUACCAGCUGCCGAGCCACGCGGAGCCGGGCUGGGACCAGAUCCGACCGUGGAACCGGAAGCGGGUCCCGGUUCGGGUCCAGGAGGAGGACCCGCACCGGCUGCUGCAGGAACUGAUUCUGUCCGGGAACCUGAUCAAGGAGGCGGUUCGGAGGCUGCAGUUCUCCCCGGACUGCAGGGAGCUGGGCCGGGCUCCGGACAGCCUGCCCUGCGCCUGAUGGGAGGAACUGGGAGGACUGGAACACUCUGAACCAGACUGGAUCCGAUGGGAGUUCUGGUUCCGUGUUUUUUAGAACAUGUGUCUCAUGGAGGGAACGUGUCGGAUGGGGGGGGCUCUGCGUGCACGCGCCUCGGUCACGUGCACGCAAUGUUCUUGAACAAUGAUUACGUUUUGUGGGGGCGGGGCUUGAUCAGACCGGAUGUUUACAUUGACCUUACCCCCCUAAGCCUCUCCAAACUGAUGUUGGCGUCACCUGCAGCAGGUGAGGCUGCUGACGUCAGAGACUGAUCUUGUUUGUUUAUUUCCUGUUUGUGUGUCCAGAAGAAUCACGUGACUGCUCCGUAACGGAGCGCCUUCAGAUUCCUGACUCAUCAGGGCUUUUAUUGUCUUAAUAAUAAACACUUCCUGUUUUCCACCUGUGA